AUGGAGCCCAACACGCCCACGGGAGACAACAACCGGUCAGCUCCGGCACCGGGUCACCACCACGGUCACAGUCUCAAUGGCAACAACACCCAGGCGAGUCCCCCGUCCGAUGCUCCCGCGCCCGUGGAAAAGGACAGUGGCCAAUACGGUGCCGGCAGUGCGAGAGGUGAAGAGCCGGCCGUUGGCGCGGACGAUGAGAAGAAGAAGGGCGUCGUCGAGGACGUGAACCUCGACGCCAGCACCAUCAACGACAACGAUGUCGACAACCGCGGCUUCCACGAGCCGUCGGUCAUCCGGACCGCCGGCAACAACGAAGACGAGGAAGAGAGCAGCGGCAACGACAACAACGCCGACUCUCACCACAACCCGCCGCCGCCCCCCAACGGCGGCUACGGCUGGGUAUGCACCGCCUGCGUGGCCACCAUCAACGCGCACACUUGGGGCCUCAACUCGUCCUACGGCGUCUUCCUCGCGCACUACCUCGCGACCAACACCUUCCCCGGGGCGACGCCCCUCGACUACGCCUUCGUCGGCUCCCUCAGCAUCAGCUGCGCGCUGCUGUGCUCGCCCAUCGCCACCAUCUGCACGCGCGAGUUCGGCACCAAGCCCACCAUGCUGGCGGGCGUCGUCAUGGAGACGGCCUCGCUGAUCUGCGCCAGCUUCGCCAACCGCAUCUGGCACCUGUUCCUCACGCAGGGGGUGCUCUUCGGCCUGGGCAUGGGCUUCCUCUUCACGCCCUCGGUCGGCAUCGUGCCGCAGUGGUUCAGCACCCGCCGGUCCCUCGCCAACGGCUUCUCCGCGUGCGGCUCCGGCCUGGGCGGCCUGCUGUACUCGUUCGCCGCGGGCGCCAUGAUCCGCAACCUGGGCAUCGAGUGGGCGUUUCGCAUCCUCGGUAUCCUCGCCUUUGUCGUCAACACCACCUGCACGCUGCUGGUGCGCGACCGCAACAAGAUCAUCGGCUCCAGCCAGCUCGCCUUCGACACCUCGCUGUUCCGCCGCCCCGAGUUCCUGCUGCUGCUGGCGUUUGGCUGGUUCAGCAUGCUGGGCUACGUCGUUCUCAUCUUCAGCUUGGCCAACUACGCAAACGAGAUUGGCCUGGGCGCCUCCGAGGCCGCCCUCAUCAGCGCCUUCUUCAACCUCGGCCAGGGCGUGGGCCGGCCGUUUGUGGGCUACUUUAGUGACCGCACGGGGCGCAUCAACAUGUCUGCACUCAUGACGCUUCUGGCGGGCGUGUUUUCGCUCGUCAUCUGGGUCAACGCCAAGGUCUACGGCGUGCUCAUCUUCUUCGCCAUCAUCUGCGGCUGCGUGGGCGGCACCUUCUGGACGACCAUCGGCCCCGUCACCGCAGAGGUCGUCGGCCUCAAGCACGUGCCGUCGGCCCUGAGCCUGGUCUGGCUGACCAUUAUGCUGCCCUGCCUGUUCAGCGAGCCCAUCGCGCUGCAGAUCGUCGCCGGCACCGGCAGCUACCUGGGCACGCAGCUCUUCACGGGCUUCAUGUUCGUGGCCGCGGCCGCGUGCCUGCUGGUGCUGCGCGGCUGGAAGAUCGGCCAGGUGCGCGAGGUGGCGCGCCUGAUCAACGAGGCGCCCGAGCACAUCGACCCGGUCAAGGUCGAGAACAACGAGGAGUACAACGCCCGCAGCCGCAAGGUCGGGCGCAAGCGCAUGGUGGCCGACUGCUGCGGGCGCGAGAGGGUGUGA